AUGCGGGGGUACCAAACACAGACAGUGUGCCUGAGAUAUGUGAACAGUUACCAUCAGUACAGUACACUGGAUCUCUGGGAUGAUGCAAACAAGGAUUGGUUUAGUGGUCAGGGUGCCACAGAGGAAGAGAAGCAGAUUGCAAGAAGACUAAGGCAAAUUGCAGAAAGGUCUGAUCGACAGACGCUACCAGCGUUAGGAUGGGUAUAAAGGAAGAGGCUUAUUGAAGAAACAUAGAAUUGUGGAUAAGGUGCUGGGUGGAAUGAUGAGCAGUGACAACACUUAGACAAAUAUUUAGUGUAUGCAGGAGCGGUUGUCGUAACAAGGAGGUUAAGGGGUUACACCAGCAAGACAGAGAAAUGUCAAGGAACUGUGGUGGAAAAGAAGAUCUUUGAAGAAAUCUUUUAAACUGGAACAGUUUAAAAGGGAAACAAUUGAAGAAAAGGGGAGUAAUGGAGAGGCUCCAGGGUAAAUACCACCUGCAAGAGAGGGGUUUAUGUUGUAAUAGAGGAACUGAAACAGAAAUUAAUAGCAAAGGCCAACAAGGUGAGGUGAAAAGGUACCAAGGGAGAGUCACUCACUACAGUAUAAGCAGAACAGACUGUUUGUCAAUAACAGACAUCAGCUGUGAUGGAGAUGCACAGAAGGAACAGGAGACCAGUGAUGCGGAUGCAGCUAUAGGUUUCUGGGGGUAA